AUGAGCCAAGCCUUGAAAGAUGCUAAGGAUUCUAAGGAUGUGAGGAAGGAGCGCAUUCCCCAUGUGGGGAACAGCCUGUUCCAAGAAUCCUCAGGCCUCCUAUCUGUGCAGUGCUGGGCUGUGAGGUAUCCCGAGGCCAUAGACUGUUCCUGGACCACCGACGGAGAGACAGAAAUGAAUCCUGAGCCGGGCCUGCAAGCCUCCUUUAUUGCCACCUACAGGUUAGGGAUGAUCGCCCAAGGGGAGACGCAUCCCUGCCUCCAGCCGUCCCCUGAGGCCCAGAGCUGUGUGAUUCCUGACAUCCGGAUGUUCUCUAUGAUCCCCUACAUCCUCAACAUCACAGUUAUCACUCAACAGGGAGUCAGAAGUAGCUUGGUCCCCUUCAUCCCGGAGCAUAUAAUUAAACCCGACCCACCGGAAGCUAUGAGUGUGAGCCCUGUCCCUGGCAAGCAACUCCGAGUGCAGUGGGAGCCCCCCCAUUCCUGGCCCUUCCCCAAGUAUUUUCCACUCAAAUACUUGAUCCGUUACCAGCGACAGGGGGCCACCAGAUUCCGACAGGUGGGGCCAAUUGAGAAAACAUCCUUCAUCCUGCAAGGCCUGCGCCCCAGGACCCAAUACCAAGUGCAGGUUGCAGCCGGUGACUUUAUGGACUAUGGGGAACUAAGCACUUGGAGCACUGUGGUGGCCACCACCCCUGGUAGCAAGUAGCCUGGUUUGGGGCCCUGGAUACUGGAACCUGAUAAGCCAGUCCCAUGCCUACCCACAGAGCCUGGUCAUCUCUGGAUCUAAGCCACCCACCUGUGGCUUCUGCCUUCCUUCCCAGGUCUUCUCCAGUGCCCUGUAAGCAUUUUUGGAUCAGACCCUCCAGAAUUGCCAGCUCCUGUCUCCUUUUCAGAUUCCACAGGCUGUGCCUUUGCCUAUUCCUGCCUAUUGGGAGCUGGGUCAACUUGGACCUCACAGGACACAAUGCUACCACCGGGAGGCUGGACCACUAGCAAAAGCCUUGAACAGUCUAAUAGCCUGCAUUCCUCAACGGACCUCUCUCUAGCCAGUGAUAGUCUGCAUGGAUUCAUUCCUUAAUGAUUCCCAACCUGCAAUACUCUCCUUAUCAGAAUCAAUGAUUCUGAAACCCAUCCCUGCUGUCAUUGUACAAAACCCCUCCAUAACCUGCUCCUUUACUCCCCUCCUCCUCAACUCCAUCUCCCAAAUGUCUAACUCUAGUUAUCUGCUCCUCUUCUGCUGUGCUCUCUGAAAUUCCUGCUCCAUAGUCAACAAAGUUGCUGUCAUCUUAAACCUUUUCAUGUUUCAUUCCCUCUGUCUUCUGGCUCUCAUUGAGACCUGGUGCCCUCCUGAUGACAUGGUAAUCCUAGCCACUCUUUCCAGUAUUGAUUUCACUUUCACACAAA